CUACAAUGUUUCAAAAAUCUUUCCCAAAUAUUGUCAAAGUCUUCUGGUGUAAGGAUGGCUUUAGACUACUGAGAAACUAAAUAAGGCGCGAUCUCUCACGUGUGUAUUUAAAGUGAUUUCCAUGCGCGCACAGGUGAGUUCCACCUGGCAAUGCUGACACUGCUACCUGUGUCUAGAAAAGGAGCCGUACCAUCAACAGAGGAGUGGUUGUUGUAAUUGUAUCCCUGGUUAGGCUACUUCUGAUUUCCCAAGGACGAAGAAGGGAGACAUAAACUAACUGCUGGCUGAUUAGGAACAUGUUCAUUUUAAACAGCGUCGAUUUUCACCACACGUAUUUUGGACUACUUCUGAUUUUCCUUAUUAGAGGAUGCGAGUCAUCAGUCAAGCCUAUUGGCCCUUCAUUGUUCAAAGCCCUGGUUGGCACCAAUGUAAGCCUUGCCAUUACCUACACCAGUCAGAACGCACCACCACAGGUGUCCUGGUGGAAAGAUGGCGUCUCCAUUGCUCACUGGACGGUUGGCAUUGGCGAACCUCAAAUUGCUUCUCGGUAUAAGGCUGUUCUGUCGCUGGAGGAGGAUGGUUCCCUGACAUUCAGCAAUUUGACUCUUGAUUACACCGGAACCUAUGAAGUCAUUGUGGUGCAGGUGAUGUCGGAGGAGCGCAGAGCAUUAUUCAACCUAACAGUUUAUGACAUAAUUGAAAAAGUCUCGUUGCACACUUGGCCAAAUGAUGCUGUUGAAGGCAAUGGAACAUUCACUUUAUAUUACAUCACAGCAAAAGGAGAGGCAGAAGAGGUGCAGUGGUUCUUCAAUGGGACAGAACUGCAGCAUGGUUCUCACUACUCCGUGAGCGGGAAGAACCUCUCCAUCAUUCAUCCACGCAGAACAGACACAGGCCUGUACAGCGUCACCCUUAAGAACCCGUUCAGCUUUGGAACCUACUCAAGGAAUGUCACUGUUUUGUAUGGACCAGAUCAACCCAUGCUGGACGUGAGCCCAACAAAGGACUUCUUUGUUCUGGGGGAGUCUCUGUGGUUCUCCUGCGGGGCGCAAGGGGAGCCUGUGCCAGCGGUCUCCUGGGCAUUCAUGGGACAGGCUGUCCCCAGUGCCCAGCCAGGGGCACUUCACAUCGCCAAUGCCCAGACCAGCCAGAGCGGCGUUUACACCUGCAUGCUGAUAAACACCCAAACUGGAGCACAGCUGAACAAGAGUGUCACUGUUAACAUCUAUAAGAGCCCUGCGGGCAGCCCUGUGUGUUCCGUUCACGCCGUGGACGAGAGCGCAGCGCUGCAGUACCACUGCCAGUGGCCAGGGGGCACCCCAGGGGCACAGCUGUCCUUCCCCACUCUCAACACUUCCAGCGCUGGGAUCGGGGAGCUCAACAUGACCGUGGAUAACCCCCAGGGCUUAGACGGGACAGAGGUGGCAUGUGUCGUCCACCACCCCGUUUACCAGGGACAGUGCAACAUCACUGCACGCAAGACAGCAGGCCUCCUCCCCUCGGUCUCAGCCGCUGUGAAUGAGAACGGCAAGCUGCUGGUGACCAUCGGAUGUGUCACUGAGGCCAUACCGAAUGCCACGGUGACCUGGUCAAUGUCUGGGGAGGAUGUGAGCUCUCUGAGUGACCAUGAGGUCAGCAUGGACACCACCUGGCUCCACAUUGGGAAUUUCAACAUCAUCACUGCUGGCCUUCACACUUACAAAUGCACUGCUGCCAAUCCUUUAGGCAGACAAAGCAGCGAUAUCAUUCCGACAGGUCCUGCCAUUUCAGAAGCAAGUCUUUCCUCCAAUGAGGAAGGAACAGUAAUUAUGCUCUUUUGGGAGGUACCAUCUAUGGCUAUAGUUACAGGUUUUGAUAUCCAGAUGAAGGGGCCUGACCUCUCUGAUCCAUCCACCAACAUAACGGUCAGCCAAAGUGAGCGAGCCAAGGAAUACCAGACCCUCCAGGUGAGGCCUGCCUCCUCAAGAAGUGCAGAAAUCUCAGGACUUGACCCCAAAGCAAGAUACCACUUCCGGGUCAUCCCCAUGGCAGGCCAGAGUGCUGGGGAGCCGUCGGAGCCGUUGAGUACUGGGCCAGGAGGGCUGAGUGGACCGGCCAUCGCUGGCAUUGCUGCUGGGAUCCCCUGCAGUCUGCUAGUCCUUCUGGUCGUCUGUGUCGUGUUGCCCUGUGUCCUCUACCACAAGAAGAGGAACAGCGAAGCAAGAUAUCCUGUCUCCAGGGCUGUGGAGAAGGCUGUAACAACUCUGAGCUCACCCCACCACCUUUUAACAAGCGGUUUGAAAUUGCCACCAGACUACAGACUUCACCAGCCUCCUGUUGCGGGGCACUCUCGUCCUAUGCCCUCAGAGCCCCCCCCUGUGAGGAUGGCUACCACUGUAUAAAACAAGCUGACUUGCCUUUCUGCUCUUGUGUGUGUGUGUGUGUGUGUGUGUGUGUGUUUUUAACGAUUUUGAAAUGCUUUUAUUUGCAAUGUAAGUAUUUGUUCAUAUUUAUUGUUGACAUCAGCUUUUGUAUCGAAUCUUGUAUUUCUGUUAACUUCCUAUGCCUUUUUAGGUACCACAAUGGACAUGCCUUCCUCUAUUAGUAGGCUCUUAAUUGAUGCCUACCUCUAUUAGUAGGCUCUUAAUUGAUGCCUAGCUCUAUUAGUAGGCUCUUGAUUGUAACUCUGUGAGAUGUUUUAUUGUUCAUGUUUACCAUCUGAUUUGUCAUUCAACUUAAUUAUUAAAUGUAUAUAAAUCGAUGUAGCUGCAAAAAUAAAUAUUUUUUUGCUUAAUCAGUGAGAAUGCAAUGUGUCUGAAGAUCACAUAAAAGUUCUAAUGAAAGUCUUGAAUUUCCCUUUGGGGAUCAAUAAAGUAUCUAUCUAUAUAUCUA